ACAAACAAUUCAAAGUAAUUCUCAUAAAGGGGAAUGGAAGAUAAUUUAAGCAGAUUUGGCUUCUGUCUUCAGCUACUACCACAUACAGAGUGGGCAAAGUGCUCAAAAUUGCCCGAUGGAAUGACAAAACCUUUUCAUUCCUUCUCUCCAUCCAGAAUAGAAGAGUGUACCCUUUGACUUAUACACUAUAUAUGUCGUCAAAGAUUCUUUUGUUAUUUAUCCUUUGAAAUAUUUGUCCUAAAUGAAUGUCCUUAAUUCGGUGAUUGUUGUAGUUAAAAACAGUUUAUCUGGGUUCUUCAUUCUGAUAAUUUUCAUUUAAUAACAGAAAAAAGGGUUUCUCUGCUACAAAGUGAUGCAAAUGAACAGUCAGGUCAAUGCAUGGACAAAAGUGACAGUUGCAAAGCAACUCCAAAAAGGAGGAAAAAGAGGUUUUCUGACAGGGAAGACCAUGCUCUUGUAGAUGAAAUUGUGGCUCAUCAUGGGGAACUCUUUGGGAAAACCACAUGCAAUGCGUUGAGAAGAGCUUUAAUCUGGGAAAGUGUGGCGAAAAAAGUCAAUGAUGCUGGUGAAACAAAACGUUCAGUGAUGGAAUGCAAAAAGAGAUGGAGUGACUACAAAAGGAAAGUUAAACGCACCAUUAACCAUUUCAAGAUGAAUGCUUCUGUGACUGGUAUUUUGGAGCCACUAGACAGCUUUUUAUCAGGGAGGCAGAUGCAUGUUGCCCACAUCUUUCAUUUGAAUUCAGACGAUCAAAAUGCGAUUCAGAUUUUAUCUGACACGUCAUAUUUAGAUGAAGCACCAGAUGGUCACAAGUGUCAGUAUGUCAAUGAAAAUUCCAUGGAUGUAGUGGAUCUUCUCUCAAUCUCAAGUAUGAACAGUGAUCACCAAGAUAAUUUUCCUUUAUCACAGCCCUGUGACAUAGGUCAGUCUUCUAAGACAUCUCAGUGGCAUAUUGGUGCUCAGUCUCCUCCAAUUACAUGUAAAGCAUCUUUGCUGGGGCUUUCAGACUUAGAAUUGAAGUUGGACAGCUUAAUUGAACAACAAACAAAAACAAAUGAAAUCUUACAGUGUAUACAAAAGGACAUUGGUAUAUUACUUAGCCUACAAAGGAAAAUGAAUUGGCUUCUAAGAAACAACUUCACAGAGCUGCAACGGUCUAUCAUGUUCAUUGAGAAAAUGUUAAAAGACCAGGAAAACUAUUUGGAACUCUCGCUACAAAGAAUCCAUAGAAAGCUAGAGGGGAUGAACUGCAUUCUCCGUGAAAGCAAAUUGCAAGGCACAUAACCAGGAAGACUGCAACUCUCUUCAACAAAUAGCAUAAUAUUUGCUUUAAAGGAGAAUGCAAGUCAAAAUAUAAAAAGCAUACUGCCCAAUAGCCCUCCUAUUGUUUAGUAAA